AUGGAGCUCCCCCUGGCCCAGAUAUGCCCCCAAGGAAGCGGCCGAGCCCCUGCCCCUACCUUCAGCACCUUCCAGCCCGUGGAACUGCCCUGCAGGACCUGCCAAGACGUGGGCCUGCUUCAGGGGCCCAGUCAACUCCCAGGGGCUGCCUCCGGCCCAGAGGAUGCUGGGAAGGCCGAGGAGGGGCUUGAGGAAGGAGGCCAGUCCCUGCAGGCCGAGACCCGGGCUUGGUUCCAGAAGACCCAGGCCCACUGGCUUCUGCAGCAUGGGGCAGCCCCUGCCUGGUUCCAUGGCUUCAUCACCCGGAGGGAGGCCGAGAGGCUGCUGGAGCCCAAGCCUGAGGGAUGCUACUUGGUGCGGUUCAGCGAGAGCGCUGUGACCUUCGUGCUGACCUACAGGAGCCGGACUCGCUGCCGCCACUUCCUGCUGGCCCAGCUCCGGGACGGGCGCCACGUGGUGCUGGGCGAGCACAGCGCCCACGCGCGGCUGCAGGACCUGCUGCGACACUACACGGCGUGCCCGCUCGGCCCCUACGGGGAGACGCUCACCCAGCCUCUCGUCCGCCAGACGCCUGAGCCUGCAGGACUUUCCCUGAGCACUGAAAUGUCAGACUCUGGAAACAAGGACCCACACUCUCACUAUAGCCGGACCGUCAAGAAGUCGCAGAACGUGACCCCCACGCCGAAGGAGGGGCCCGGGGAACAGAAGGAGCCGCCCAGGCCCAAGCCUCCCGUGCCCGCCAAGCCUCAGCUGCCCCCCGAAGUCUACGCGAGCCCGGCCCCGAGGCCGCGCCCGGCCCCGCCCCCCAAGCCCUCCAACCCCAUCUACCAGGAGCCUGACGAACCCAUCGCCUUCUAUGCCAUGGGGCGGGGCAGCCCCGGGGAAGCCCUCAGCAACGUCUACGCCGAGGUGGAGGUGCAGCCGGGCGCUGGGGGCCAGCCCUGCGGCCUCGGGCACCUGGCCCUGCGCAGGUGCAGGUCCAGGCCCGUCGCGGGAGGCCAGAAUUCAGGUGGCCGGCAACCGCACUCUGAGAACUCUGUGCCUGGACAAGGCCCUCCCAUGCCCCACCAGCCCCUGCCCAGCUGGGGGCACACCCUCCCCCACAAGCUUUCUAGACAGAGGACAGAGGACAAAGGACAGGCGUGGCUUCCCCUGGGGCCUCCUCAGGAACCCGGAAAUGUCAGAGAUUUCCUCAGAUAG